CCCCUUCCUGAAGCUUCUCGAGGGACGUGUGGACCUGGCGCCUUCUGUCCCCUGAGCUUGCAGGAUGGCUUUCCCCUCUGAAAUGACCUGAGGAGAACGUUCCCUGUGCGGUUUCUAGUCUUAAAGUGAAAGGCAGUAGCUCGCUCCCUUUUGGCAGCUCCGUUGUUGGGCGCAGGUGUUGGUCUCAGAUCUCCAGGGCCCUGCACCAGGAGGUGCUUCCUGGAAUUACUGUAAUUAUAGAAAGAACCUGAAUCACAAUGGGGGAUGACAGUGAGUGGAUGAAACUGCCCAUUGACCAGAAAUGUGAGCACAAGCUUUGGAAAGCCAGAUUAAAUGGUUAUGAAGAAGCUCUUAAACUCUUCCAGAAGAUAGAUGAUGAAAAGAGUCCCGAGUGGUCCAAGUAUCUUGGAUUGAUAAAGAAAUUUGUGACAGAUGCCAAUGCUGUGGCUCAGUUGAAAGGACUGGAAGCAGCACUUGCUUAUGUGGAGAAUGCUCAUGUAGCUGGGAAGACAACAGGAGAAGUAGCGUCUGGAGUUGUAAAUAAAGUGUUCAAUCAGCCAAAAGCCAGAGCGAAAGAGUUGGGUCUAGAUAUAUGUCUAAUGUAUAUAGAAAUUGAGAAAGGGGAGGCAGUACAAGAAGAAUUGCUGAAGGGUCUGGACAACAAAAACCCAAAAAUCAUAGUAGCAUGUAUAGAGACACUGAGGAGAGCACUAAGUGAAUUUGGUUCAAAAAUCAUCUCACUGAAGCCAAUCAUUAAAGUAUUGCCAAAACUUUUUGAGUCUCGGGAAAAGGCUGUUCGAGAUGAAGCCAAACUCUUUGCUGUGGAGAUCUACCGCUGGAUAAGGGAUGCUCUGAGACCUCCGUUGCAGAACAUCAAUUCUGUUCAGCUAAAAGAACUGGAAGAAGAGUGGGUCAAAGUGUCAUCAGUUGCUCCUAAGCAGACCAGGUUCCUGCGUUCUCAACAGGAGCUGAAAGCAAAAUUUGAGCAGCAGCAGGCAACUGGAGAUGCAGAUGGAGGAGAUGAUGAUGAGGAAGAGGCAGCACCACAAGUAGAUGCAUAUGAGUUGCUUGAAGCUGUAGAAAUUCUGUCCAAGCUUCCCAAAGAUUUCUAUGAGAAAAUAGAAGCAAAAAAAUGGCAAGAAAGAAAAGAAGCUCUAGAAGCUGUUGAAGUGCUGGUGAAAAAUCCCAAAUUGGAAUCAGGAGACUAUGCAGACUUGGUGAAAGUUCUCAAAAAGGUUGUUGGAAAGGAUACAAAUGUAAUGUUAGUUGCUUUGGCUGCCAAGUGCCUCGCUGGGCUCGCUGCUGGCCUCCGAAAGAAAUUUGGGCAGUAUGCAGGGCAUGUUGUUCCAACAAUCCUGGAGAAGUUUAAAGAGAAGAAGCCUCAGGUAGUGCAGGCACUGCAGGAGGCCAUCGAUGCAAUCUUCCUUACAACCACGUUGCAGAACAUAAGUGAAGAUAUUUUGGCAGUCAUGGAUAACAAAAACCCAACAAUUAAGCAACAAACAUCCCUCUUCAUUGCAAGAAGCUUCCGUCACUGCACACCUUCUACUCUGCCAAAAAGCCUGUUAAAACCUUUCUGUGCUGCACUUCUCAAGCAUAUCAAUGAUUCUGCUCCUGAAGUAAGAGAUGCUGGAUUCGAAGCGUUAGGUACUGCCUUGAAAGUGGCUGGAGAAAAAGCUGUGAAUCCUUUUCUAGCAGAUGUAGACAAACUAAAGCUUGAUCGGAUUAAAGAGUGUGCUGAGAAGGUAGAACUGGUUUAUGGUAAAAAGACAGGAGGAGCUGCUGAGAAAAAAGAAAGCAAGCCUAUUGCUGGAAAGCCCUCUGCUCUUUCAGGGAGUGGUGGAGACAAAGAAACAAAAGAUGCAGCAAGCAAACCAGGACCACCAAAAAAAGCACCUGCUGUUAAGGCUGGGGGCCCACCUAAGAAAGGGAAACCAGCUGCAGCUGCAGGUGCAGGAGGUGCUGGGGCUAAAGGCAAGAAGGGCCCUGAAACCAAAGAAAUAUUUGAAUCUGAGCUCUCAAUAGAAGUAUGUGAAGAGAAAGCUGCUGCUGUUCUUCCAGCUUCUUGUAUCCAGCAGCUGGACAGUGGUAACUGGAAAGAGAGGCUUGCCUGCAUGGAAGAGUUUCAGAAGGCUGUUGAGCUUAUGGAAAGAAGUGAAAUGCCUUGCCAAGCUCUAGUAAGAAUGCUGGCCAAGAAACCUGGUUGGAAGGAAACAAAUUUUCAGGUGAUGCAGAUGAAACUGCACAUAGUUGCACUGAUUGCACAGAAAGGAAACUUCUCCAAAACUUCAGCUCAGGUUGUGCUGGAUGGUCUUGUAGACAAGGUUGGUGAUGUGAAAUGUGGGAGUAAUGCAAAAGAAGCCAUGACAGCAAUAGCAGAGGCGUGCCAGUUGCCAUGGACUGCUGAGCAGGUUGUGGCUAUGGCUUUCUCUCAAAAGAAUCCUAAAAAUCAAUCAGAAACUUUGAACUGGCUUUCCAAUGCAAUUAAAGAGUUUGGCUUUUCUGGACUGAAUGUCAAAGCUUUCAUUGGUAACGUGAAGACAGCUCUUGCUGCAACUAACCCCGCUGUAAGGACUUCUGCCAUUACCUUGCUAGGAGUCAUGUAUCUUUAUGUGGGACCUCCUUUGCGAAUGUUCUUUGAGGAUGAGAAGCCAGCUCUUCUCUCCCAGAUCGAUGCUGAGUUUGAAAAGAUGCAGGGACAAACUGCACCAGCCCCAACUCGUGGCCUUUCCAAGCACAGUGCUGUAACUGGGGAUGAUGGUGAGGAAGAGGAACAGGAGGAUGUUGGGAGUGAUGUUGUGGAUCUUCUGCCAAGAACAGAUAUUGGUGAUAAGAUCACAGCUGAACUAGUGUCUAAGAUUGGGGACAAAAACUGGAAGAUCAGAAAGGAAGGUCUAGAUGAAGUGACAAGCAUAAUAAAUGAUGCUAAAUUCAUCCAGCCAAACAUUGGAGAACUUCCAGUUGCUCUGAAGAGUCGUCUCAAUGACUCCAAUAAAAUCCUGGUGCAACAAACUCUGAGCAUUCUUCAGCAGCUAGCAACAGCAAUGGGCCCUAAUAUCAAACAGCAUGUGAAGAAUUUGGGCAUUCCUGUCAUUACAGUCCUAGGAGACAGUAAGAAUAACGUUCGUGCUGCUGCACUGGCAACUGUGAACGCCUGGGCUGAGCAAACUGGCAUGAAAGAGUGGUUAGAAGGGGAAGACCUGUCUGAGGAGCUCAAAAAAGAAAAUCCUUUCCUAAGACAAGAGCUGCUUGGUUGGUUGGCUGAGAAGUUGCCUACCCUCCGUUCUGUUCCUUCUGACCUACUCCUGUGUGUGCCUCACUUGUACUCCUGCCUUGAAGAUCGCAACGGGGACGUGCGGAAGAAGGCUCAGGAUGCUCUGCCCUUCUUCAUGAUGCACCUUGGCUUUGAGAAGAUGGCAAAAGCCACUGGCAAGCUGAAGCCAACUUCCAAAGACCAAGUACUGGCCAUGCUUGAGAAAGCAAAAGCCAACAUGCCAGCCAAACCAGCUCCUCCUGCUAAAGCAUCUUCCAGAGUAGUAGGUGAAGCAACUUCAGCCAAGUUCCAGCCUGCAUCAGCUCUUGCUGAAGAUUCAGUGUCCAAUGCCAUGGAAUCCAAGCCUGAUCCCAAAAAAGCCAAAGCAGGAGGACCCUCCUCUAAAGUUAAGGGUGUACAGGGGAAGAAAGUGCUAAACAAGCCUAAUUUGAAGGAAGAUGAUGAUAAAUCAGGUCCUAUUUUUAUCAUAGUCCCAAAUGGGAAAGAACAGAGGAUGAAAGAUGAGAAAGGUCUGAAGGUGUUAAAGUGGAACUUCACCACUCCCCGUGAUGAAUAUAUCGAGCAACUAAAAACUCAGAUGUCCACUUGUGUGGCCAAAUGGCUACAGGAUGAGAUGUUUCAUGCAGACUUCCAGCACCACAACAAAGCACUAGCUGUCAUGAUUGAGCACUUGGAGAGUGAAAAAGAUGGAGUCAUCAGUUGCUUGGACCUGAUCUUAAAGUGGCUCACCUUGAGGUUCUUUGAUACCAACACAAGUGUGUUGAUGAAAGCACUUGAAUACCUUAAAUUGCUUUUCCACUUGCUGAGUCAAGAGGAGUAUCACCUUACAGAAAAUGAAGCAUCCUCUUUCAUUCCAUAUCUUAUCCUAAAGGUAGGAGAACCGAAAGAUGUCAUCCGCAAGGAUGUACGUGCCAUUCUGAACAGGAUGUGUCUCAUCUAUCCAGCCAGCAAGAUGUUCACUUUUAUCAUGGAGGGGACAAAAUCCAAGAACUCCAAACAACGUGCAGAAUGCCUGGAAGAGCUUGGGUGUCUGGUUGAAUCAUAUGGCAUGAAUGUGUGCCAGCCAUCUCCAGGGAAAGCCUUAAAAGAAAUGGCAACUCAUAUUGGUGACAGGGACAACACCGUACGCAACGCGGCGCUGAACACCAUUGUGACUGUCUAUAAUGUCCAUGGUGACCAAGUGUUCAAGCUGAUUGGAAAUCUUUCUGAGAAAGACAUGAGCAUGCUGGAGGAGAGAAUAAAGCGCUCAGCCAAGAGACCUUCAGCUGCCCCAGUGAGACAGGCCGAGGAGAGGCCUCAGCGUACGCAGCCCCCCGGCACCAACAGCAGCGCGCUGCGGAAGGGCCCCGCCGAGGACAUGUCAUCCAAGCUCAACCAAAAUCGCAACAUGAGUGGUCACUCUGAGACAGCACCUACAGUUCCACGGGAGUUUCAGCUGGAUUUGGAUGAGAUUGAAAAUGACAACAGUAACGUCAGAUGUGAGAUGCCAGCACUUGUACAGCACAAACUAGAUGACAUCUAUGAGCCACUCUUGAUUCCUGAGCCCAAAAUCCAUUCGGUGACUCCACACUUCGAUGACAUGCACAGUAAUAUAGCUUCUACCAUCAACUUUGUCAUUUCCCAAGUAGCCAGCGGUGACACGAGUACAAGCAUCCAGGCCCUGGCACAGAUUGAUGAGGUUCUCAGACAGGAAGACAAAGCAGAAGUUAUGUCUGGCCACAUUGACCAAUUCCUCAUAGCCACGUUUAUGCAGCUUCGGCUGAUGUACAACACACACAUGGCAGAUGAGAAGUUGGACAAAGAUGAGAUCCUCAAACUUUACGGCUGUAUUAUGGGGACCAUGAUCUCGCUAUUCUGUAUAGAGAAUCUGGCUCGAGAGGCCUCUACUGGUGUGCUGAAGGACCUGAUGCAUGGUCUGAUUACAUUAAUGCUGGAUUCUCGGGUUGAAGACCUUGAGGAUGGGGAUCAGGUCAUCAGAGCAAUCAACUUCUUGGUAGUCAAAGUUCUGGAAAAGUCUGACCAGACCAACAUCUUGAGUGCUCUGGUUGUCUUGCUCCAAGACAGUCUUCUAGCAACAGCCAGCUCUCCCAAGUUUUCAGAACUUGUCAUGAAGUGUCUCUGGAGAAUGGUGCGUUUCCUUCCCCAAACCAUCAACAGCAUCAAUUUGGAUCGAAUUCUGCUGGAUAUCCACAUGUUCAUGAAGGUCCUACCCAAAGAGAAGCUGAAGCGAUGUAAGAGUGAGCUUCCCAUAAGGACACUGAAGACUGUGAUUUACACUCUGUGCAAGCAGAAAGGGCCUGAGAUCUUGGAUCAUUUAACAAUGAUAGACAACAAAAAUGAGUCGGAGCUGGAGGCUGUCCUGUGUAAAAUGGUGAAAAACUCCAUGGACCAGACUAGGAACAAAGCUGAAAAGGAUACUGAAAAAGGAGCUUCUUGCGUAGUAAGUGAUGUGAAGGAGGAAAAGGCUGCAAAGGUCAAAGCCAAUGAUAUUUUGGCAGAGAUAUUUAAGAAGAUUGGCUCCAAGGAGAACACUAAGGAGGGUCUGGCAGAGCUGUAUGAAUACAAAAAGACGUAUUCUGAUGCAGACAUUGAGCCCUUCCUGAAAAACUCCUCUCAGUUCUUCCAGAGCUAUGUGGAAAGAGGCCUCCGGCUGAUAGAAGUGGAACGGGAAGGAAAAGGGCGUAUUGCUGCUUCUACAGGAGUUUCUCCUCAGAUGGAAGGAACCUGUGUUCCUGCUCCUACUCACACUGUGUCUUCAUCUGUAGGAAACACAAAUGGGGAGGAAGUGGGGCCUUCAUUUUAUUUGGAAAGAUUAAGAAUCCUCAGGCAGCGCUGUGGCCUUGACAAUGCAAAGCAGGAAGACAGACCACCUCUGACAUCUCUGCUCUCUAAACCAGCAAUCCCUACAGUUGCAUCUUCUACAGAUAUGCUUCACAGUAAGCUCUCUCAGCUCCGUGAGUCACGGGAGCAGAACCAACACCUGGACCUGGACUCCAAUCAGACUCAUUCCUCUGGCACUGCCUUGGUUCCACCUUCUUCUGCAGCAACUAAUAUUGAUGACUUGAAAAAAAGAUUGGAGAAAAUAAAAAGCAGUCGCAAAUAGAGAUGCAAGAGAGACAGAAUCAUUGUUGCUUUGGGGCUGUCUUCAGCUUUAGUUUACUAAACUAGGAAUCUUCAUAGCUAAAUGGCCUCGUUUAGGCCUAAUGUAUACAAACUGGUUUAUGUAUAAUACAGUGGAUUUUGGGGGGUUGAGUCUUUGUGGCACAAGUAUUUGUACAUACUCUGCUUCUCUUUGACAUCUUCCCUUUGACAACGCUUCUCUUUGAGCAUCUCUUUGACGAUAGAAGACUAUCUGUGUAUUAGUUUUAGUGUACAGACCUGUAAACAACAGUCCUCUUGCUCAGACUAGUUUCUCAUAACCUUUUUUAUUUGUAAAAUUGUCUUGAAAAAUCCUUUUCCUAGUUCUUAACUUUUAGAAGCUCUUUAGUGAUUUCACUUUUAAUUUCUUGACUUCUUCUCCAUGUAUUCCUUGAACUGUUGAUUCUGUAUGAACACAUGGCAUGAAGUAACUAAUUUAAGUGUCUUUUGUAAAUAAAGUUUGCAUUAACUAUACCAGAUUCUGUAGGAGAAGGAGUGACUGCUGGUUAGGGAAGUCACUCUCUUCCUGAAUGGUUGUGACUGGGCAUCUAGAAAUGAAACCAAGCUAUUCUUGACAGGAGCUUUGGAUAUAUUAGAAGGAAGAGAAGUGAUACAUGCUGUCUGUGGGUGCAGGCCUGAGCCUUUGCACUCUGUAUUCUAGGAGCAGCAGUGUGUUUCAGAAUGUUCUUCUCAUUUGAAAGGAAGUUGGGAACAUGUAGUUUGCUGAAGUGGUUCUUUUAAGUAAUCCUUGUGAGCAUAGCUCUAUCUGUCAGCAGAUGCUUGCUUUGAGGGAGCCUGCUGCUGUUCAUGUGGAAGAGAUGGCAGUUCUGUACAGUCAGUGGGCUGAUUUAUACUGAACUCAUUUGGUUAAGCAGUCUUCCUCCUGCAGUUUUCAAGUGCAGGUAGACCUCACCACCACGUUUUUCUUACCCUUAAACAUCUGCUGUUGGAAAACUGUGCUAUUUUGUGUAACUAAGACACCUGCUACUGCUAGUCUGCUCUUUUUUUUUCUAAUGAGGGUCUUAGUCACAGCAUCAUUGCAGGUCAAAAAGACCUUUAAGAUCAUGGACUACACCCACUCACCUCACCCUACCUUGCCCAUUGCUGAACUAAACCAUGUCCCUCAGCACCUCAUCUAUGUGUCUCUUAAAUAUUUCUAGGGCUGGUGACUCCACCACCUUCCUCAGCAGCCUCUUCUAACACUUAACAACUCUCUUGAUAAAAAGGUUCUUUCUGAUCUCCAAUCUAAACCUUCCCUGACACAAUUUCAACCCCAUUGCUUGUGUCCUGUGCUUCAUAACUAGAGAGAAGAGAUUGCCCCCAGCUCACUCUAUCUCCCUAGCAGGUAGCUGUAGAGAGUGAUCAUGUCUCCUCUCAGCCUCCUCUAGGCUAACCAAUCCCUCUGCCUCUCUUCAUAAGACUUGGGCAGGACCCAGCCCUUUGCUCCUGUACAGGUCCCUCUGAAGCACCUUCCUCCCCUCCAGCAGAUCUAUGCACCCACCCAGCUUGGUGUCAUCAGCAAACCUACUGAGGGUUCUCUUGAUUCCCUCAUCAUUGAUAAAGAUGUUAAACAAGAGUGGCCCCAGUACUGAACCCUGGGGAACACACUGGUGCCUGGCCACCAACUGAUUUAACUCCAUUCAUUAUGACUCUCUGGGCCCAGCCAUCAGCCAGUUUUCCACCCAUCUCAGAGCAGGUCUGUCCAAGCCAUAGGCAGCACAUUUCUCCAGAUGGAUGUUGUGGGAGACUGUCAAAGGCCUUACUGAAGUCCAGGAAGAUACAUCCACAGCCUACCCUCACCCAAUCAGUGGAUCACCCUGUCAUAGGAGGAGAUGAGGUUAGUCAGGCAGAAUCUGCCUUUCAUAAAGCCACACUGACUGGGUCUGAACCCUUGGUUGUCCUGUAUGUGCCUCAGGAUGAUCUGCUCUGUAAUCUUCCCCAGCACAGAGGUCAGGCUGACAGACCUGUAGUUCCCAGGAUUCUUCUUCCAGCCCUUCUUGUAGGUGGGGGUCACAUGUGCCAUCCUCCAGUCCUCUGGGGCCUCUGCAGUGAGCCAGAACUGCUGGUAAAUGAUGGAAAGGGGCUUGCUGAGCACUUCCAACUCCCACAGCACCCUCAGGUGGGUCCCAUCCAGCCCCAUGGAAUGAUGGGGAGAAGCAGGUCACACACCAUUUCCCCUUGCACCAAGGGCUCCUCAUUCUGUCCCUCUGUCUUCUGAGUCAGAUGGACAGCUGCCCAGAGAAGAGUUGGUUUUAGUAUUGAAGACUGAGGCAAAGAAGGCAUUAAGUACCUUAGCCUUUUCUUCAUCCUUGUUCACAAAGUUUCUUCCUUCAUCCAUUAAAGGGGGAAGGUUCCCUUUAGCCCUCCUUUUGUUGCUAAUAGACUUGUAGAAACUUUUCUUAGUGUCUUUUACAAUAGUGGCCAGCUGAAGUUCUGCUUGAGCCUUGCCCCUUCUCAUUUUCUCCCUACAUGACCUCACCACAUCCUUGUAGUCCUCCUGGGCUGCCUGACCUUUAUUCUAAAGAUGGUAAAUUUUCCUCCUGAGCUCCAGCAGAAGCUCCCUGUUCAGCCAGGACAGCCUUCUGCCCUGCUGGCUCAUCUUCUCACACACAGGGACAGCUCUAUCCUGUGCCUUUCACUUUUCCAUCUUGAAGGAUGUCCAGUCUUCCUGGACUCCUUUGCCCUUCAGGACUACCUUCUGAGAGACUCUGGCAAUCACCCCCCUAACCAAUUCAAACUCUGUCAUCUGGAAAUCUAAAGUGGCACUUCAGCUGAUCCCCUUCCUUGCUUCUCUUAGGAUUGAGAACUCAGUCAUUUCAUGAUCACUAUGCCCUAGGCAACCCCCAACCAUCACAUCCCCCACCAGAGCUUUGUUUGCAAAGGGUCCAGCAAGGCACCUUCUGUCUUUGGCUCUCUCACCAGCUGUAUGAGGCAGUUACCUUCCACACACUCCAGGAACCUCCUGGACUGACUCCUCUCUGCUGUGUUGGAGUCCCAGCACAUGUCCAGUAGGUUGAAAUCCCCCAUGAGAACAAGGGCCAGCGAUCCCAGAAGGUUUCCCAGCUGCCUUGUGGUGGUUUAGGCCCAUCCAGGGACAAAAGACUAGACUGAAGUACCACAGACCUUGGAACCUCCAAAGGACAGGAAGGGCUCAGUUGCCACUUAUAGUCCCAGGCAAAACAGUUCAGGCUACUCAGCUUGGGGAAGGAAAGGAAACUGAAUUUAACCCAUCUCCAACCAAAACAUAGCAAACAGAAACCUCCAAUGGAAAAACAACACAGAGUAGGGUGAAUGAUGGAAGUGCAACCAGCCCUUUAACAGCCUUUUUCCCCCACCCCUCCUCUCCUCAGGCUCAGAGCCCACAGCCCAGUGUCAUUACCUCCUCCCCUCAUAAGCGCUGCCAGGGGCAGGGAAUGGGGGGUGCAGUGAGUCCUUUCCUGAUGUCUCUUGCCACUUACCUGACUCCUGAGGAGAAGGGCUCCUGGCCAGUCCUCCCCUGCUCCAGCGCGGGGUCUCCCACAGGCCGGGCCGCCCUGCACAGGCCGCUCCCAGGGGCUGCUGCAACCCCAGUUCAUCUUCUCCAGCUUGUGACCCAAACUGCUCGCCCCCUCUGACCCGGAGUCUCCAACUCUCACCCCCUCUGCCAUGGGGCCUCUGUCUCUCACUGCGGGCUGCAAGGGUCUCUGGUGCACCAUCGCUCCCCCUGACCCUUUCCUGUCUGUGGGGUCCAUGUGGCCGCCUCCAUCCUGCCCUUCCCUUCCACCUCCUCCCACGCAUUCCAAAUUUCCCUUCUUAACUAGUGCUGGCAGAGGUGCCAGAUUGGCCCAGCCAGGCCAGAGGUGGGUACAAACCCCAGAGCCAGGGGAAAGUCUGAGAACUCUGUACAGAGCCUGCACUGCAGCCCCCUUCCCCUGUUACCAAGCAAAGCAGCUCCUCACAAACCCAUGACAUGCCUAAAGAACAUCCCAUCUACCUCCUCAUCUUGGCUGGGUGGCUUAUAACAGACUCCUGUCAGCACAUCCCUUUUGCUGUCCUUCCUUCUGAUUCUUACCCAUAAACACUCAACCCUAUCCUCACCAUCAAUGACCUCUGAGCAGUUGAGACACGCCCUGACAGAGGGCUGCCCCUCCACUUUACUUGAUGUUGUUUCACAGAAUCACAGAAUGGUAGGGGUUGGAAGGGACCUCUCCCUGUGCUGUCUGUCCCUACUGAGGAGUCUGUAGCCAUCCAGUGCAGCACUCCAGGCGUGUGACUAAAUGCAUCUUAUGUCUUCUGAGUUGCCUUUUUCAAAAGCCACAAGUAUGAAGAUUUAGACACACACUGUGUAGCUGUUGUGGCCCUUUAAUCUCUAGGGAGGUGAUGUUUUCACCUUACUACUGCACUGCCACGUGAGAGCUGGUUGUGAAGCAUAAAUUGAACAUCUGUUCCAUAGCUAGGACAGAGUUAUGGAGGGGUUGAACAGGCAGGCUUUCAAUAGCACACUUCUGCUCUAGAUUUUAAUCUGUUCCACCUAACUGCUGCUUUUGUUGUUUGCUCUGUGGACCAGCAGUCUCUGCAUUAAGGCUGUUACUGAAACUGUCUUGCCUGAUUACAGCAAAAAUGUGGCUUUCAAUUAGUACCUGUAGAAUAGAUCUCUGCCAGAGCUUCUGCAUAUGGCUGAUAUCUUCCUUUUACAGGACCCCUAAGCUGGGUUUGCAAUUGACUUAAUGCUGCUUGGUGCUUAUGGUGAGUCUGCACACUGUGAGCGUUCUCCAUCCUGCCAUCCCUUGGCAUGGUGCUCCACCAUCUCCAUCUAGUAGUUGCAGUCUCCUCUCCCAACCCCAAGUUGAGCAGGCACUCUCUUGUGGAACAGAGCUGUAUGACAAGUGGAGAUUUGGCCCUUAUUGGUAAGUGCUGAGGUUUUUGCACACUCAAACUGGGGCUGUUGGUGAGUCGUUUGUGUUGGCUGGCACUGGAGUUACUGCCACUACCUCUUAACCACUAGCUGCUUUUGGAAACUUACAUUUAAAUUAAUCCAUGUGUUCCUUUCCCACAUCCAGCAGAUGUUCUGUUCAUUAGCUCAGGAUGUUAAAGCAGCAAUGCCUGUAAGCCUGCAUACAACUAUUUCAAAUCUGGAGCUGAAUUGGAAGUGAAAUACAGGAGUAAUUGAGUAGCAGAAGAUUUAGUUGCUUACUAUGAAUGAGUUUUUGCCCUGUGUCUCUGUAGUGUUUGGUUGGACUCGAUAUCCUGGGAGUUCUGAACUCAAACUUGUGCACAUAAAUUAAUAAAGCCUAAUCU